AGGAGGAGGAGGAGGAGGACUUGCUGGAUAUAUAGAAAGGGACCUGAUGCAGUUUCUGGCCUUAAGGAGCUCUCAUUCCAGAGGGGAAGAAAAAAAAUAAUGAUGUCUGAGAGCAUCAGAAAAGAACCUGCUCUGGUCAGGUAUCUCUGCAUUAGCCAGACUGGACAUAUGUAAAGGGACAUCAGUAUAUCUGGAUAAUCAGGUUGUGCUUCAAGAAGACCAUAGGGAAGAACGCAUUUUCAUCUUGCUGCAAAAGUUGCAAUAGAAGAUCUGAAGGUUUGAACGGGCCGAUGAGUAUCCUCAUCAUUGAAGCAUUCUAUGGAGGCUCCCAUAAACAGCUGGUGGAUCUUCUCCAAGAAGAGUUAGGAGACUGCGUCCUUUAUACUCUUCCUGCAAAGAAAUGGCAUUGGAGAGCCCGGACAUCUGCUUUAUACUUCUCUCAGACCAUUCCCAUCAGUGAGCAUUACAGGACCCUCUUUGCAAGUUCAGUGCUUAACCUGACCGAACUGGCUGCCCUUCGGCCUGACCUUGGGAAACUGAAAACGAUUCUGUAUUUUCACGAGAACCAGUUGAUAUAUCCUGUCAAGAAAUGUCAGGAGAGGGAUUUUCAGUAUGGAUACAACCAAAUUCUUUCAUGCCUGGUGGCUGAUGUGGUUGUAUUCAACUCAGUUUUUAAUAUGGAAUCAUUUCUCACUUCCAUUGGAAAAUUUAUGAAGCUGAUUCCUGAUCACAGACCCAAGGAUCUGGAAAGCAUCAUCAGACCCAAGUGCCAAGUUAUUUACUUUCCCAUCAGGUUUCCUGAUGUGAGCAGGACCUUUUCUCUUCUCAUUAGCACCUCCACCAGAGUUGGAACUGGGAAAGAGAAAGGAAGUGUUCAGACAUGUGCCUAUUUGCAUAGUCACGUUAUUGAGUUAAUGCCAGGACAGCACAAACAUUCUGUCCAGUUCUAUAGAAAAGCCAGUUUCACCCCAUCAGUAAGAUUCAUGCCCAAGCACAAAACAACCCAUUUAAAGAAGAUGCUCAGCCUUAAAGGAAAUGGCGGUACGGUUCUAUCGAUGGCCCUUCCUUUUCAGCCGGAGCAGAGAGAUUCGGAGGGUUUAUUGAAGAAUUCUAAUUCAGAGUGUGAUGCACACUGUGGCCUUGAUACUGCACGACAAGAAUACUUGGGUAACUCAUUAAGACAGGAGUCAGACUUGAAAAAGUGCACCUCGCCAGAGAAUUCAAGCUCUCAUUGUGGUGAAAAUAAACAAAAUCUGACUGUUAAUCCCUGUGCCACUUUGGGUGGAGUUGCUAAUCAGCAAAGACUGCUGCACAUUGUCUGGCCUCACAGGUGGGAGCAUGAUAAAGAUCCAGAAAGCUUUUUUAAGGUAUUAAUGCAUCUUAAAGACUUAGGACUCAAUUUCCACGUGUCUAUCCUUGGAGAAACCUUCACAGAUGUCCCAGAUGUUUUUUCAGAGGCCAAAAAGGCAUUGGGAUCUUCUGUCUUACACUGGGGCUACUUACCCAGCAAAGAUGACUAUUUCCAAGUACUGUGCAUGGCUGAUGUUGUCAUCUCAACAGCUAAGCAUGAAUUCUUUGGAGUGGCAAUGUUGGAAGCUGUGUACUGUGGGUGUUACCCACUUUGCCCUAAAGAUUUGGUUUAUCCCGAAAUAUUUCCAGCUGAAUAUCUGUAUUCUACACCUGAACAGCUUUCAAAAAGGCUCCAGAAUUUCUGCAAGAGACCAGAUAUUGUAAGAAAACAUCUCUAUAAGGGUGAAAUCGCUCCGUUUUCUUGGGCAGCCCUACAUGGUAAAUUCAGGUCUCUGCUUACAACAGAACCUAGGGAAGAUUUGUGACAGAUGGGGCUAAGUCACAAACUUGCAGCCUAAGGCAGAAUCUGAAGAACUUUCCAGAGUGUGCCCAUAUUUACCUGAUCAGAGAGAAAAGAAAAUCUGCAGAGGAAGCUGAGCCUGGCUGCUUGUCAUAGCUGACACAGAGCCAUCUGCCACAAACCUGUGGCGGCUUCAGAUCUCCAAUCCCUGCCACCACCCCAACUCAAAUUAAAUACAGAUUCCUAGAGACGUUAUGAUGGUUACACAUGUCCUCGGCAUCACAUGUAGGAGACUGUUCAAAAAAAAUAUGUGGCCUGUUGUAUAACCGCACUCAUGUAUCCCAUAUGUGGUGCCACAUUGAAUUUCCGGUUGAAUCCGUUUUUAUCCUUUGUACUGGAUGACAUGGUGCCUGAAUUCUUUCUUUUCGCCGACACGAUGGCAGCCAAACUGCAGCUUCAAACGCUUACACUUGGCUGGGUUUCUACCUAGGUUGCCAGGUUAUCAUCGGAGCCUUCUUGUGUCCUCAAAGGGCCACGAGGCCUGAAAGGAGGAUCAGAAUGCUUCGGGACUAAUUGGGCAGCCAUCGCAGAAUUGUUUGUGGGCAAAGGGCUGCUUUAGCACUUUUCUUUUAGCAAAUUAAUGACUCUCAGGCACAGGGGUUUUUAAGUGAAGGUAUUAAUAAGAGGUCUGGCAGGUAUUCCCAUGAUUCACAGAGUUACAUUUGCAUUUAAUUAAUCUUAAAGAAAGUUGCAAGAUAAACAGCUGUAUUUCGGACAAACAUGACAAACACAGUGAAACCAUCUAGCCCAUAAAAUGAACACUGACAUACUUGUUUUAAUUUUUUUUCCCAGUGUAAAAAUAGAGAAAUCAAAAUACUCCUAACAAAACCAGUAAUUUUGAUAGAAAUAUUGCUCCAAAAUACUUGCAUCCACCUACAAAUAUAACCUUUUCAAGAUAAAUCGCUUAUGAUUCCAAUAGUCAAACUGCUGUGUUUGUUGAUGUAAAGAUGUUUUGAAUAGCUAGAUGGUAAAAUAAAUUUUUAAUAAAGUACCCACUGCAAUUUUUAAUUAGCAUAUUCAUUUAUGUAUAGAUGUAUACAUCUACCUAUAUGUUUCUCACGGAACGUUUUCCUUGUGACAGAGACAACGAAUACAAUUGUUUCCUUUCCGGAUGAACAAGGAUCUGUUUUGCAAAUGUUUGUAAGAUAUUAUGACAUUUCCAAGAUUUUCUUUCCAUUCUGGAAAGCAGGAGGUAAACAUUUGUAGUCAUUAAGGUAAAGUCUGUUGAUAAACCAUCUUCUGUUUACUGACAGGUAAAUUGUAACUUUCCCAGCUUUUGAAAUGAGUAACUUCUAUACACCACAGAGUGAGGCACAGCCAGGGAAAGGUGGCGCGACAAGGGGCAAGCCAGGCUCUCUAGCUUCUGGAAGGAUCGAGUGGCCUAGCAGGCAUCUAAGAUGGAGAAAGCAAUGAUUCAGAAGGCCAGUAGGGCCCAUUUGACAGGUAGCAAAAUCGAAAGCACGAAACAGAUCAAGGUUAGGGAGCCAGACAAAGCCCUUGGGAGAGAGGCAGUAUUACAGAUCAAAGAAAGCAGGAUUUCGGAGUCUAUGAGGCCUGGGAAUUUAAAAGCAGGAAGAGUAAGAAGCAGAAACAACAAGCUCCAUCUGAACAGACAACUCUCUCCAACAUUUAUGAGACCCACAGUGUGUGGUGGGCCACCGUAGCACUGGUUUCUAGACUCUUACAGGGAAGCCAGUGAACAAAUUACUUCCUCACCCAGAAAACAAAGAGCUCAAGAACUAUUUUGGAAGUUCCUUCCAGUCUAAGGCUAUGGAACUCAGAAUCUAGCAGGUGUGCUCCUUUGGAGAGCAAAACUGAAGAUAUAAAUAUUAAUAAUAAAUUCUUUGCCACUUCUCAUGGGCAAGGUUAUACUUUAUGCCACCUACAGAGAUAAACCAGAUGAGUCAGUUGGCUUCUGUCAGGUGCUGUGUCACAUACGACAUCUUCUCAAAAUAAUAUUUUCCCACAGUCAGGAAAUCGUGCUUCGUUUACUGUGUUUUUCUAUCCUGAAAAUAAAUGGGCUUACACUUUAUAGUGGCUAAGAUAUUCUACACACAACUAGUACCCAUAUAUGUUUUCUCACUAAUUGAUAG